AUGCCCAUGUUCAUUCCUAGCUUUUCUCCGAGUCUAGGGCUGGUUGCGUUACUGGCAGCGGCGGUUUCUAGUGCUACUGCCUGCGAGGAUGGACAUACUCAGUUUCACGCCAAGGUGUUUACUCCAUCUAUCCCGUUACCUCCUCCGACUCGCCAGCUCGACUGGGGAGAUAUCAACAUCAUCCACACCACCGACAGUCAUGGAUGGCUUCUUGGCCACCAGAAAACAUCCUACCCGGAGCCUAAUUACAGUGGCACCUUGGGAGAUUUCGCGUCUUUUGUUGCGCACAUGAAAGAAAUUGCCAUCGAACGCGACGUGGAUCUAUUACUCGUCGAUUCUGGUGACCUCCACGAUGGUACUGGCUUGACAGAUGGGUUUCCUGCUGGUGGAAUAGAUGCGCAUGAUGCCAACCAAUUCAUCAAACAACUUCCAUACGAUGUGAUGGCCAUUGGAAACCAUGAGUUGUACGUCUACGCCAACGCUCUGGACAUGCACCGUAACUUCGCACCGAGCUUGAAGGGACGGUACCUCUCCUCAAACGCCAAUAUCACUGUUUUCAACGAGAACGGACAAGCAGUUAGCGUCCCUGUUGGAGAACGGUUUGCGAAAUUCAAGACCAGAAAGGGCCGAAAAGUCACAUCUCUUGGUGUUUUGUUCAACUUCACUAGGAACAGCCACAAUACGACAAUCCAGAAGGUUUCCGACAUGGUCAAAGAAAACUGGUUUGUAGAUGCAAUUGAAGAAGAACCGGAUUUUUUCUUGCUUGUUGGGCAUAUGCCAAUUGACCUUGACUCUGAAUGGUCCAUCGUCUUUAACGCUGUUCGUGCUGUUCACCCCACAACGCCAAUUCUUAUUUUUGGUGGCAUGUCUCUAUCCUUAUCAAACCAGAGAAUCCUCCUCACCGUUGAUAUACCUUUUGUAGCUCUGGCAUCUAUAUUAAAAUUUCCCAAAAUUCUUACAGUUCAACUUGAUGGCCGUUCUAUGUCUCUGGAAAGUGGAAGUACUCUCUUGGACAGGAUGGAUGAGGCAGUAAAGAAAAUAUUACGUUCAGCCGCAGGUAUCUGGACCCAAAUCGUGCCACCUUCCAGGAAAUUCCACACCGGGAAGAACGAAUUUGAUUAUGAUACCCUUCAAGGAGAGAACAUAACCAUGGGUUUGAAGCAAUUGGCGGAGAAAUUCGACCUUUCCUUCCAGUUUGGAAUUGCUCCACACGAUUUCACGAUCAGCCAGGCACCAUUCCCGUCCAAUGGUAGCCUUCUUAGCCUAUAUAUCGAAAAUGCCGUCCCCGCCGCACUGGCUAUCAACAACACCAGAGCCUCAAUACCUAACCUUGUGAUUACCAACUCCGGCGCGCAGAGAUUCGACAUCUAUUCAGGCCCAUUUACCAGGAACGACCAGUUAACAGCUUCACCCUUCGUCAAUACAUUUUUGUUUAUACCUAACGUGCCUUUUUCCGUGGCCAGCAAAGUUCUCCAAGGUCUCAACGACGCCGGUGAAAACCAAAGUCGAGGUCUUUUGAAGUCAAGAGAGCGUGAACUUUAUGGGAGUGGUUAUGUUGAUAUGAUUUAUAAUCGCUGGCUGGCAGAGCAGGACAGAAGAGGUGGGCUUGAGCGAAGGGCAGCGCAGAACUUGACACUGGGUUACGUGACCACCGAUGCUUGCCCAGGGGUCGGGGACGACAUUCUCCAUGCGCCAUUACCUUCGUACUCGAUCCCAGAAUUCAUCAGUUCCAUUCCCCCGGUAGUGGCUGACGACGCGCCAAUCGACCUCAUCUUUGUGUCCUUCAUUGAAACGGAUCUGUUACAGAUCCUUAACUCAGUGCAAACGGACAAAACUUUCGUCACCGCCGACGUGUCGUUGUACAGCUCGGUUUUAUCUAACGAGGUUCUAGGGCUGUAUGCACAAUAUAAUUGGAACUGA